AUGUGUUGCGUACGUCAAGCCAUCGUUUGCCGAAGAGAGUGCUGUUUUCGUAUCCGAUUUAGAGUGGCGGAAGCAAGGAGGAUGACCUGGCAGCGGAUGGGUCAGUGGUUUAAACGCGAAUUUCCUGACCGGAAUUUUCACGGUCCAAACGCGACCCCUGCCUCUCGCCUCCCUGUGUUGGGGUUUCGUCAACCUGACAAUAUCCUAGUCCUCGUGCUUAAUUCGGGUGGCAUGUCAGCUAGCUACCGGAGGAGUGCUACAGCCCGAAAGAUAACAUUUUUUUACUUUAUCUCUUCAUGUCCGGCACCACCACCAGUUCCCGUUCAGGGUCCUCCAUACCCAGACAAGUCGUUAUAUGUUCCAACCCUCAACCUGGAGGGCCUUGUCGGACCUCUAACUAUUGACCAACCUGGUAUGAGAGACUUUCCCAGUCUGAAACCUCAGGAAUGCAGCAGGGAAAUCUAUACCCAGAAAUGGAAUGGAGAAAAAAUACUCGUUGUCUGGCAAAUUUUCCGCCAAUUUUCGGUGCUAAUUAGUGACUAUUUGGAAUGUAAAAUCGUCUUUCGGCUGUGGAGCCCUUCCGGUUGCUAG